AUGAAUGUGGUCAGCGGUGCGCCGAACUCGGGUGGUGCAAUUAUUGCAAUGCUAGGCGUUAAAGCCUCUAAUUCAGAUGAAGUCGUCGAAUGGAUCCCGUUUGAUAAUCUUAAAAAUGGGAUAUUUGAGAGAGUUGGAUCAUAUAAUACAUUUUUUAAAGCAGAAUGGCAAGAUGGCUAUAUUGUUCGUUGGAAUAAUGUAAAUAAUGAGUGGGAUCGAUGUUCUAACAAGGCUAUUUGCUUAAGGGAAUCUAAAUAUUUAUGUGGUGAUGAUUAUUCUGAAUUUUUACGCGAGAUACAAUAUCAACUAAUAUUCAGGAGGAAAGGUGCAGCACUCGCUAUUUACGGAAUAACAAAAGAUCCCCUUACGAUGCGCUACAUGAUGGUUAUGGAUUAUGCUAGCUAUGGAAGUCUUCAAAGUGUGAUAGAUAAUGAAAGACUUGAUUGGAACAUUAAAAUGGCCAAUUUAUAUUUAAUUAUUAAGAGUCUUAAUGAGAUACACAAAGAAGGACUGCUGCAUAAAAACAUCCACCUUGGUAGCAUAGUUUGCCAUGGCAUAUCUGAUCCAUACCUGAGCGGCUUUAUUUUUUGCGGGAGAGUGUCAGAUAACCCUAUUGAUUAUCCUCCAAUUAAAUACGUAGCCCCGGAAGUUUUGUCUAAAGAUCGAAAACAUACGAAGGCGUCCGAUAUUUAUUCAUUUG